AUGCAAGGAAAAUUAAACAAAAGCCUUUUUUGUAAAGAAGCAAGUAAUACUCAAGAACAAGGAAAUGAAAAUGUAUAUGUACAUACAAGCAUAAGUGGAGGAGGAAAUAAUGUACUAUUUCAUCGUGCCGCUGAUGAAAAGUGCGUAAAUUUUGAGAAUCAUUUUAAACAAACACAAUACAAUUUUUCAUCCCUUUCAAAUAAUAGAAAAAAUUUAAAUGAAGCUUUUUUAAAAACUGUAUAUUCCAAUAGCUUCUGCGAUUUAAACAAAGUCCGUGGUUACGGAAAAAAUAAUUUGAACCAACUUAAUAUAGAAUACUAUAACGACACGAACUAUAACAGUAGUAAUAAUAACAGUAGUAAUAAUAACAGUAGUAAUAAUAAAAGCAGUAAUAAUAAAAGCAGUAAUAAUAAAAGCAGUAAUAAUAAAAGCAGUAAUAAUAAAAGCAGUAAUAAUAACAGUAGUUAUAAUAACAGUAGUUAUAAUGGUAGUACAUAUGCGGAGGAAACAAAUUUUCCGUUUAAAAAUUCGUGUGUCUUUAAUUCAAAUAGUAACAAGUGCUAUGACACACAUUGUGAUAUGAUAUUUCCUGAAAAUAAGGAGAUAGCGAAAAAUUAUUUAAUUAACGAGAGUAAUAAUAUAAAUAAUAAGCUUCUACAAAAUGGAAGUAAAAGUUGUGACCAUGUUAUUCUUUUUAAUAAUGACAUUUUUGAUGUUAAUAUAAAAAAUGAUUGUACAAAAGAAAGAAGAUAUAUAAAGCAAAGCAGUGUAAUUCGUAAUGAACCUAAUAAUAACUUCACUUCACGCAAUGAUAAUAUUAUACCCCGUGGUGUUGAUAUAAUACCAUAUAAUAGUAGUAUUACGUCAUAUGAUAGUACCAUAAUACCGUAUAAUGAUAAUACUAUUCCAUAUGAUGGUAAUAUAAAACCGUAUAAUGAUAAUACUGUUCCAUAUGAUGGUAAUAUAACACCGUAUAAUAAUAAUACUAUUCCAUAUGAUGGUAAUAUAACACCGUAUAAUGAUAAUACUGUUCCAUAUGAUGGUAAUAUAACACCGUAUAAUAAUAAUACUAUUCCAUAUGAUGGUAAUAUAACACCGUAUAAUAAUAAUACAACUUCAUUUUAUGGUGAUAUAAUACCGUAUAAUAAUAAUAUUAUGAUCAAUUGUGGUAAUAUUAUACCUUAUAGUAAUAAUUUUAUGGCUACUGGUAGCAAUGUAAUACCGUAUAAUUAUAAUAUUACUUCAUAUAAUAGUAAUAUUAUGCCAUAUAGUUAUAAUAUAAUGGCCAGUGAUGGUAAUGUUAUACACAGUAAAGAUAAUAUUGUACCCCGCAAUAACGACCCUGUUAAUGCCAGUGAAAUAUGUCAUAUAGACGAAAAAAACGUAAUAAAUGAUCUCACGAACAUGUUUAAUGUUCAUGAUGUGAAUAAUGAUUAUGAUAAUGAUUAUGAUAAUGAUUACAAUAAUGAUUACAAUAAUGAUUACAAUAAUGAUGGCAAUAAUGAUGGCAAUAAUGAUGACAAUAAUGAUGGCAAUAAUGAUGGCAAUAAUGAUGGUGAUAACAAUGACGAUAACAAUGGCGAUAACAAUGGCGAUAACAAUGGCGAUAACAAUGGCGAUAAUGAUAACAGAAGUAGUUACAACGUUUACGAGAAAGGCAGUAACGAAUUUAACAAAAACAGUUUAAUAGAUAACAUCCAAAAUAAAUUAGAAAAAGCUAACCUACUUAAUUAUGUGGAUAAUACAAAUGUUAAUGACAGUAUACAGUGUACUGAUGUAAAUAAUUAUAAUGAUUUAACAAAAUACAACAAUAUGUACAGUUAUAACAGUGCUGCUACUUGUUCAAGUUAUGAUACGUACAUAUACCCCAAUUAUAGUAUCAAUAGAAGUGAAAAAAAUGGCAUGAAUAAUUUCAAUAGUGGAAAUAAUAUUAAUAUGAACAAAGUACAUUUUAAUAAUAGUUCCAAUCAUAAUCAUAGCUACAACAAUCUCUUUGAUGUGAAGGGUACUUGUGAUUAUGAGUUUUAUAUGAACACAAACCCGUCUUCUAUUCUUCAACAGAAUUAUAUCCAUAUGGAUAAAAGUUAUACAAAUGAUAAUGAUUACAAUCUUCAUAGCAAUUAUUUCGAAAAUAAUGAAAAUAAUAAUUCUCUUGACAAAUAUGAACAGGUAGACGGAAAGGGGUUUAACCUAAAUAAUGGUGAUAUCACAAAUUGUAGUAAUGAUUUAAAUUAUUUAAUUAAUAAAAAACAAGUAAUAUCAGAAUAUAGCGAAUUAUGUAAAAAGAACAAUGAAAGUUUACAGAAUGAACAACACCAUCCUGCCUUUAUAGAAAAAAAUUUAUUAAAUAAUAAUGUUUUUCCAGAAAAGAAUAGGAUGUAUAAUAAUGAAACCUUUGUACAAAAUAAUUAUAUGAACGGAACUGGUAGUAAUACGUAUGAAAAUUUUAACAUAAUGAAUUAUAAUAUAUCAAAUUAUAACACCCAUAUCAACAUUAAUCCUAUUAGCAGUAAUAGCACUUCUUGUUGUAGCAACGUUGAUGAUAACCAAGUAGUAUUACCAAAUAAAACAAAAAUAGAUGUUUCCAAAUUCGAAAGAAAAAAUCAGCAAGUGCAUAAUUUUUCAGAUAUUCUAUUGAACCAAGAGGAGACAAGCAUAAUAAAUAAUCCACAAUUCAUAAAUAUGCAUGCGCAUGUAAGUGAUCCACUUCUGACAAAUGACAAUACAAAAAAUGGAUCAUUUGAAAAUUUGGUUGAUGAUGAAAAGGGCAAUUAUAAAUACAUGGUGAACUUAAAUUAUUUACCAAACGAUAGUAACUGCAUGGGCGAUUUAGGAAAUCACGGGAGCGUAAAAUAUAUGAACAAUUCAGAAUUCUUGCACCCUAGUGGCAUGAACUCCUGUGGUGUAGCACCUAGCUCGAUAAGUAGUAACAGUUGUGAAGGUAGUGGUAGCAGUGGUGAUAAUUACGAUGUUGGUUGUAAUAGCGGUAGUAGUGGUAGUAGUGGUAGCGGUAAUAGCAAGAGUAGCAGUAGUAGUGAUAAUUUCCCUAAUUGCGGUACGGAUGCGCAAGGGGAAAAUGGACAGAGCGCAAAAGUGCUAACGAAAAAUGAAAGGGGAAAGGGAAUGAGGAGGUGUAAUAUAAUGGGUGCGCCUUAUAGAGGAUAUGCGACGAAUAAUGAGAAUGUAGUAAAUUUUUAUAGUUCUGAUAAGUUGUAUAAUAAUAUCCAGAAUGGAAAGUAUAGUAGUAACUCUUUUGAACUUAGUUUAUUAGAAAAUUGCAAUGAUAUUAAUAAUAAAUUUGAUGAUAAUAUUUAUGAGAAAAAAAUAAUGUAUAGUUUUUACUUGCAAUCAUUGUUAUCUAACCUAAAGAAGUGUUAUAAUAAUGAUAUUUCCAUUUUAAAAAAUAAUGAAAAAAAUAUAAGUGCAAAGGGUGAGAGAAGUGAUCAAUUAAUAUUAUACAACCUAGAAAAUAAGCAAAAGACAAUUUUAAAUAAAUUUCCAAAAAUAAAUAAUUAUUUUUCGUAUUUAAAUUAUUAUAUAGGUUCCUUGCGUAUAUUAUAUAAAAAGUUAUUAUGUAAUAGAAACUUGAUAUUAAUAUUAGUUAAUGAAAUAUUUUCUAGGCAAAAUGUUAAGGAUGAAAAAAGAGGUAUAUACAAUUCUUCAUCUGUUCAUCAAAGACAUACAUAUGUAAGGGAAUUGUUAUCUGUUCUUUUACCACAACCACCUGCAUAUCCACCAUUAGAAAUAUGGUUAUUCAUGAGUAGAAAAAAUGCAGCUCAAUUACAUAAAAUUCAUUUAACUAUAUAUAUUAUGUAUCAGAAAAUUAUUUACAAUUUUUCUAAUAUUUUGUUACAAAUAAAUAAUGAUAUGUUGAAAAAUUCCAAUAAGAGCAAGUUCUACAAAAGAAGUGGGACAGAUUCUUUAAAUGACUAUGUUUAUGAUAAUAAAGAGGAACACUUAAACCAUUUUGCAAGGAACUAUAAAACUGGCACCAUGUUUAGUAAAAAUAAUGAAUACAUUUCCGAAAAAAUUUUGCUCAAAAAAAAGAAGCAUGAUGAUUCUCCGUUUGUUUAUGAUAACGCACUACUCCUGUCAUCAGCAAGGAGUAGGAGGGGGGGUGUACGGGAUUACCAUCAUUACAGCAGUGAUGGUGGUGGUAAUAGUAGUAACUUUAACAACAUCAAUUAUAGCAGCAAUAGUAGUAACGGUAGUAGUAGCAUGAUACCGAAGAGGUGCUUAUUUGAAAUCAACAGAAAAAUAGAAAAUAUAAUGAAGUCAAUUAAUGAUAUAACUGAUAUGAUAAAUAUGUCAAAAGGGGUAAUAAAUUCCUCUGACUAUUAUCAGGGAAGUGGUAAUAAUACAACAGCUAAAAGUAGUUCAUUUGAGUCAGUGGAUCGUCAUGAUGGUACUAAUGAUAGCAAUAAUUGGGCUGAGUCAACAAACGGAGAAUUUCGUGAAAAUGAGAAUGAUGUUUCUAAGAGGGGGGAAAAUAUCGAGCAUGGUGAGAUGUAUAUGCGUAAUGGGGUGUGCAGUUUUAAGGACACGAAUAAACUAGCGAGUGUCCAAACAAUGGAUCCAUUAAAAAAUGUAGUAAUAACGAAACACACUUGUCGUCUGAACGAAAAACAGUGGGAUGAGGAUAUAAUCAAUAAUCAAAUUGUUGCUUAUGAUGAUAUAAAAAAUAGUUAUAAAUCAUGUGUUGAAAAUAUGUCUUGUUAUAAGUUGGAUAUAAAUAAUAACCCACUUUGUGAAGAGAAUCCGCAAAAGUUGUUGGAAAAAAUAAAAUACGAAUUGAGAGAAGUGUAUAACGAAAUAUGCAAUUUAAAUAAAUAUGAUCAAUUCAUAUUAACAGAAAAUAAUAAAAAAUUAAAUAAUUUUUUAGGGUUAGUAAAAUCAAAAAAUGAUGAAAAUACUACUAUAUCUGAUAUUGAGGUAAAACUUGACAAUACAUCUUAUAUUAAUGAUUUGGCAUUCAGCGGAACGAUCAAUUAUAAUAACCCAGCUAUAGAUACAUACAGCAGUGAUUACUACUACCAAGUUUUAAAUAACAAGACUAAAAAAAGGGGUAAUAAUAAUAAACAAAAUAAAUUGAUAAAUGAGAUGAAAAAGGGAAGCAUUUUCUCAAACGACCCCUCGAAAGAUCAGGGCGAUAACGAUGAAAUAGACCAUAUAGACCAUAUAGGUCAUAUAGACCGUAUAGACCAUAUCGAUCGUAGGUAUCAUAACUAUGAUCCAAGUGAUAUAGACCACAUCGAUCAAAACAAUCAUAGUAGUGAUCAUUACUAUGAUGAUGAUAUGGGAUACAAUUUAAAUUACACGGAUGACGUUUUUAAAAAACUUAUCUAUAUGUCCAAAAAUUUCUACUGUAACUUAACCGAGUAUGAAAAUUAUGCCCUUCAUUCGUAUAAUAAAAAUACUACUAGGUUUGGAAAUUUAAAUAAGCUUAAAAAUGCUAUAUGUUUGAAUGAAGAGUUAUAUUACGAUAAUCAGUUAUUAAUACCAAAAACUAAUGCACUUGAUGAGGAAGGGGAGAUUGUUAACAAUUAUAUAAAUAUUAAUAACAAAGAAGAGUCAGGUAAGGAAGAAGCAUGUUAUUCGAAUGGUCAUCUGGACAUCAUCUACAGUAAUAGAGACCUUGAAAAUGGUAAUAAUAAUACUAUAGAUAAAUGCAAUGAGAAUUUGUUAACUUAUCCCCCUACCAGUACCCCUAAUCAACAGCAAAGAUUCGCCAGUAAUUUUGUCAAUAAUUUUGCCAACAAUUCGGUCAGUAAUUUUGCCAAUAAUUUUGCCAACAAUUCGGUCAGUAAUUUAGAUAAUAAUUUUUCCAACAAUUCGUCCAAUAAUUUAGAUAAUAAUUUUUCCAACAAUUCGUCCAAUAAUUUAGAUAAUAAUUUUUCCAACAAUUCGUCCAAUAAUUUAGAUAAUAAUUUUUCCAACAAUUUCGCUGACAGUUUAAGAAGCAAAAAUGAUUACACUGAUUUAAGUUUAAAUAACGCAAGUUUUAACAACUCGCAUAAACAGUUCAUUUCAGAGCAGCGAAACAUUUUAAAGGUACAUAAUGAAUCUUUGUUACCACAGGCAGCAAAUGAAAAAAAUUGUUACAUUUUAAAUGAGAAUGUUGUUCUUUCCCGUGAUAAUAAAGACAUGCAGAAAAAUGAGAAUUUGGAACAUAGGAAAGAUGAUAAUUCUUUCGAUUUUAGCACAAAUGGUGUGGGUGUGGAUUUGUGUAGAAGCGACAACCAUAGUAGUAGGGGAAACUAUAGCAUCAGUGGUAACUACCUCAUCAAUGAUACAAAUAGUACUAAUCUGAACGGCAAUAUUGGCGAUUACCAUAUUAUGCAGAGAAGGAAUGUUGUCAACUUAAAUGACAGUGGAAGAUAUGUUGUAGAUAGCAAUUUAAGUAAUAGCAAUAAUUAUUAUUUUAAUCCUAGCAAUGAGCCUACGAAUUGUUAUAUAGGAAAAGCAUAUAAUGAAUCAGCAGGAAUGGUUGUACAUCACAAGCAUGCAACUCCUUAUCGUGGAAAGGAUGAUAAAAGUCUAAGUUAUGACAACCUCUUUUUAAAUUCUAAUAAUGCUGAUUGUACAGGAAUAGGUGAUAGUAGCAACAUUGGAAUUAACAUUAACAGUACUGUAAACAGUAGUAGUAGUAGUAGUAGUAGUAGUGGUGGAAAAGAUAACUGCAUUCCUCUGUACAAAAUGAGGGAAAAUAUGAGCAGUGAAAGUGGAGCAUGUGAUGUAAGUAAUCAGUCUAUUGCAAACAAUUUUGCAAAUAAGGAAAACACAUAUAACUAUAACAGAAUGAUAAUGCAUAAGAUGUUACAUAAUACUCAUGGAGAACUGGGGACAGAUAUAGACAGGAAUAACUACCAUGGUGCAUUAAAUAUACAAAGGAAUGAUAAUUCAUAUGUAGAUACAAGACAUGAAGAAGUUGAUGGAGAUAUACAUUUUAACAACAGUAACAACUAUUUACUGAAAGAAAUUGAUACAACUGAUAAUAUUGAACUUAAUUUGGAGAAUCAAUAUAAUAUUUAUAUGCCUGAUCCAAAUGAUAAUUCAACUACAGCAUAUGUGAAUCAUAGCAAUAUGUUAAAUAAUGAUGAAAUAAAAUGCGAAAUAAAUGAAUCGUCAUCACAUCAUCAGUACAAUUUAAAUUUAAAUGGUCAUUUACCAAAUUGCGGUUUGAACAGAUAUAACAUGACCAACAGUGCUUUGUUAAAUCAAGAAAACUUUAUGAAUAACUCCUUUAUGAAUGAUGUCUUAACAGUUAAUGAUCAGCAUAAAAACUGUUUAAUGGAGAGUGAAAACUUGUGUAGUAUCAAUAAUGAGAUGCUAAAUGAUGUCCAUAUUAACAGUGGUUUAAGAGGGAAUAACACUAUAUAUGAAGACUCGCAAAGGUAUGAUACCAUCAGUUGCGCAAAAAUAAGUGGAAAUAUAGGUGGUAAUAUAAGUAGCAAUAUACGCGGCAAUAUAAGCGGCAAUAUAAGCGGCAAUAUAAGCGGCAAUAUAAGUGGCAAUAAAGGGGGCAAUAUAAGUGGCAAUAUAAGUGGCAAUAUAGGGGGCAAUAUAAGUGGCAAUAUAAGUGGCAAUAUAGGGGGCAAGAUAACCGGAAAUAUAAGUGGCAAUAUAGGGGGCAAGAUAACCGGAAAUAUAAAUGACAAUAAGGAUAGUAAUGGUAAUAGUGGCAAAAGUAGCCAAAGUGGCAAUAGUUAUGACCGUGGUAAUGAUGAUAAUGGAAUCAUUAAGAACAAGAUUACGAAUAGUGCUACAAAUAGCAUCACGAAUGACAUAUCGUUAAGAAGCCACGACGACAUUAUAAAAUCAAAUGUAAACUGUUACAGCACGACAAAUACUCCGCCGAAUCUGCUAUAUUACAGAAGCGCAAAGAAUGACCUUCAGAACGACUUGUUCAGCAAUGAAAUAAUAACGAAAAAUACAUCAAUUAUUAGUGAUGAUGUACUUGAUAAUAAUAUAAUAAUUAAUAGUUCCAAUUUCAAUGGUAAUGAUGAAUCACAAAUGAACAGGCUAAAUGAUGGUGCACUAUAUAUUUGUACAAAUACGAGUAGAGGGCCCAUGGAGAAGAGUCGCAAGUAUGAAUUGUUCGAGGAAGAAAAUAACCCCUUACUCACGAUUAGCAGUAGAACUGAUGGUAGAGGUAACGGUAGAAGUAGCGGUAGCGGUAGCAAUAGAAGUAGAAAUAUAGGUAUCCAUAACAAUAAUGCUAAUGUUGAUGUGAAUCAUAUUGGUAGUGAUGGAAGUGGUAACAGCAAAUGCAAUAACAAGGGGGACGAUAUUCCCGGAAGGGGUAUCAAAAAAGGAAAGGACAACUGCAACUUAGGGGAAGACGAAGAUGAUAAUAAUAGUAGUAAGGAAUAUCACCUUUCAAAAAAUUGUACUCUAAACAGUUUAGAAAAUAAUUCUGUGUAUACUCAUGAAAAUACACCCUCCCCUAAAUUGAGGGUAAGGGGUGAUAAAAAAUCAAGGUGCUUAAAAAACGUGUCAGGGAGUAAAAAUAUAGGAAAUGAAAAAAAGAAUAUAUCUAACGAUAUGAAUAAAGCAAAAUUAAAAAAAAUGUUAGAAAUUACUGAUAAAUUAAUUAAGAAAAAAUAUAGAGGAAUAUCUUAUGACCCUACAAGAAAUGGAUGGUCUACAUUUGUAUAUAAAAAUGGGGUUAGGUAUAAAAAAUUUUUCUCAUCAUUUAAAUAUGGAAACUUGUUAGCUAAAAAGAAAUCAAUUGAAUGGAGAUUAAAGAAUUUAAGCCCAGAUUCACAUGCAUAUAUUUUUUCCUUAAAAGCAAAAGAAGAAUUUAAUGCUAUUUUAAAUGACGAUUAUGAUAAUUUGAAUAAUAACAGUAAAAUAAAGUUAGAAAGAGGAGCAGUAUCAGCAUCAUCAGCAAGUGAUACAGAUGGUAAUACUAAUAGAGAUAUUUUUUAUGUCAAUGCAUUUUUAAAUCUUUUUAAUAAUGGUGAGCAAGAAAAUAAAAAUAAGAAAAAAAUUAAAAAUAAAAAUACAUUAGAUGUUUGCUGUAAAAUGAAAAAACAGAAAAGUAGUAGUAAUAAUCAAACAGAUGUUAAUGUAGCGAAAAAAAAUAAAAACAAAACGAAUAAUAAAAGCAAGAAAGCCAUUUUUACAAAUGAUAAAAAUGUUGAACAUAAUCAAAUUAAUGAAAGUGAUGGCUACCCUGUUAUAAACGAUGUUGGUUAUCUAAACGUUGACAGGGAUUUAGGAAGUGUUAGUUCUACGGAAAACUAUUGCAAGGACCAAUUGAACUACGAGAAGGGUAGCAUUACAAGGGAGAACAUUAGUAUUAACAUUCCUGUUUUAAAGGAUACUAAUUUGAAUAUUUCAGACAAACAAAGAAGGAAAACAAAAAAUGGAAGCAGAUUAAAAUGUAGGAAAAAAUAUACGAAAGAAAGUAGUAAUAUAUCUUCUUCCCCAAAUAAUAAUUGCAAUAAUGAAUUUUAUGAUGUUAAUACAGUUCAGGUAGAAAAACCGCUGAACGAUGAUAUUAGUCCUAGAAAGGACAAGUGUGUAGUGGGAAAUGUAGACGAAAGUGGCUCAGUUAAUCUUAUGAGUAGCAGUUAUUUGAACGAAGGAAAAAAGAACAGUCAAGAGGAUGACAUACUUAUGAAUAAAACUUAUUGCUCAGCGAUGUUGAACGGGGAAGAGGAAAAUUCUAAAGGAGCUAGUUGGACUGAGAGUAAUGUAAGUAAAAGCGAGGAAAGUAGAAGUAGAAGCACUGGUUGUGAUAAGUGCAGUAGCGGUGUUAGGAGAAACAGCCACAGUAAUAACCAGGUGUGUAAAAAUGCUUAUAAGAAAAAAAAAAAGAAUGAUGAGGAAAAUUGCGAAAAAUGCGAUAAAGUGAAAGUGGACAACACCAAUACGAAUAUGAUACCAACAUCAUCUUCAUCAUCGUUGUUAUGUGAUCCUCGAUGUAAUAUCAAUUUAAAUGAAUUAAGUGUAAAUGAAACUUACAGCACCAUUUCUGAGGGUAGUAAUAGUAGAAAGAGAAAGAGGAAAGUUACAAAGAAGGAAAAAGAUGUAGUGAAGGUGAAUGAACUGUUCAACAAACUACAUGAAUUGUAUGAUUGGGAAGAAACAAAUGACAACGUUAAUGCCAACGAUUUAUGUAUACAGGAGUUGGGAGAGAAACUUAACUUAAGAGAUUCUUUUAAGGAAACCUACCCACUUGAUAAUGACGAGCGUACAAAAUUGAAAUGUAUCCUCAGCAAUAACGAAAAUGUAAAUGCAAAUAACAACAUUACUGACAAUUGCAUAAUGGAAAUUGUUCACUCAACUGAACAAAGUAAGCAGAGAAGCAAUGAGGAAUAUCAAUGCUAUGGCAGAAUGCCAGAUGAAUACAUUACCUUGAAUUAUAAUGAGAAGGAAGCUAUAUGCUUAAAGGGAAAUAACUUAACGAGUGAACAUGUCAUAUGGAAUGAUGACGAAAAAGUUGGUAGAUGUGAAGAAGAAGAAGAAGAAGAAGAAGAGGAGGAAAUUGAAGGAAAGGAGGAUAUAGAUAUGCAGGAAGUAGAAGAUGGUGAGCACAAUCCUUCCUUCUCGCUUCAUAAUAACAGUGAUAUCAGGAGCCCACGACAUGGAAGAAGUGUUCAUCUCUCAGAUAGAUUGAAUCAUGAGAAAAAAAAUGUAUUUACAAAAAAUAAACACAUUAAUGACGAAAAUUAUUUUCAUUACAGAGAUACCAUAUUAAAAUACAUGAACGAAUGCACAUGUACUAAGGAAGAGGAGAAGAGCCUGUUCAUGCAGUUUCUGAAAUUUAACACAGAAUGGGUUCUGCUCGAUUUGGAAGGUCUAGAGGAGGUGUAUCACGAUUACUUCAGAAACAAAAUUGAAGCGUUUUAUAAAGCGUACCUAUUGAAAGUGAAAGCUAGUAGCAGUAGUUGGAGUGGUGGUGACAAUGGAAGUAAUAGUAGUGGAAGUAGUAGUAGAAGCAGUAGUAGAAGCAGUAGUAGAAGCAGUAGUAGAAGAAGUAGUAGAAGAAGUAGCAGAAGUAGAAGUAGAAGCAGCAAUGGAAGCCGCUUAAGUCGCGUAAGAAGAAGGAAAAACGAAAAUGUCAAAGAGCUAGAGCUGAUUUUUGAGAAAAAGCUUGACACCCCCUGGACAUGCAUGAUAUUUCCCAUAAAGUUCCUGUACAUGUUGAACUACAAAAUUGUGUGCAUUUUAAAAUACACGAAGAAGGUAAAAAGUAGAUGUAGUAAUAACAAGGACAAACAAUUGAUUUGCAAACUGAGGGGAGUUAACUUUAUAAAAUACAAAAAGGCUUGGUGUUUUACCUAUGUUGAUUUAGAUGAUAAAAAGAAAAAGAAAUUUUUUUCAGUUAAGGAUUAUGGAUUUAUGGAAUCAAAAACCUUAUCUAUAUUAUAUAGAAAAAGUUUUAUUUUCCAUUUGACUAAAAUGUACACAUUUUUAAAAAAUAUAAUAUAUAAAAAUAAGAUAGGGAGUAUACACAAAAUGAGUUAUUAUAAAAGAAUAAAUGAUUAUAUUGAUUAUUUUAAAAAGUAUGAAGAAUUUUUAGUGUGUUAUGGUAAAAUUAUAUAUUUUAAUGAGAUGAAAAAUAUAUAUGUAAAUUGUGAAUGCAAACAAAAUGCUUUAAAUUAUAUCCCAUUUGAAAUACGUGAUAAAGUACCUAAUGAAAUAGAGCCUAUAAAUUUAAUAACAGCAACAAGAAAUUAUUUUUCCAAAAAAUCAAAAUUGAUGAAAUUUCCAAAAGGUAUUGUUUAUUUGUCUGGCUAUUUCUUAUGGGUAGUAUUAUUUUUAAAUAAAAAUAAUAAAGAAGUAAUAGUCUCUUUUUCUGUUCGUAAAUAUUCUUUUGAAUUAGCUAAAACCAAAUGUAUAGAAUGUUAUUAUUGCUUAUUGUAUAAAUAUAAAUUUACACCAAUUGAUAUAUCAGGAGUAAUUGACUUAGUAUUAGAAAGUGAUUUAGAAUGUAAAAGUUAUAAUCUUUUAGAUUACUCUUCAGAGGAUAUAAUGUCCUUAAGUUAUUUAUUUCAUUUCUUUUCUCCUUCUUGUUAUAUACUUAAAAAUGAUACUAUAUACAAAAAAAUUACCUAUAAAGAGCAACAGGAUUAUCUUAACAAGAAGGCAUAUGAUGACAUGUUUCCAAAUGAAUAUGUAAGUUUAGAUAAUUACGAAACGUAUGAAAUUAAGGACUAUUACCAAUCACCUAACCAUUUUUAUGAGAAUAACAAGGAUAAUGAGGGAUACGUAUUUUCUUUGGACCCACACGCAGACGGACUAACUAGUAGUAGGGGUGGUGAUGAUGACAGCUUCAUUUAUAAGGCUCCAUCGAUUAAUUAUGAUCAUAUUGAUGAAAUUGGCCACAUUGAUAAUAUUGAUCGCAUCGAUAAUGUUGAUCAUGUAGAUGAUAUUGGUCAUAUAGAUGAUAUUAACCAUAUUGAUAAUAUUGAUCAUAUGGUUAAUUUUCAUGAUGAAAACCAAGUGAAAGACCAGGGGUACAAUACCUUUUUUGCAUCAGAAAAUGA